AUGCAUACAAGGAAUUCCGGGCGAACAUCACCGUUAGUCUACGAACUGGAAAUUGAGAGAGUGCAUGCAUACAAGGAAUUCCGGGCGAACAUCACCCUUGUUUCUAACCAAGUCACCCAAGAUCCACAAUCCACACCAUCCAUUGAAACCGAUUCAAUGGCAAACCAAAACUCCAAUCACCCAAACCUCAAUCAAAACCAAUUUCAAUCUCGAGGAACCUUCUAUCCUGCCCAAAAUGUCCAACAUAUACCUCAAGAUCAACCGAGUGGUGGUAUCAACUCAGGACCACCCACACCACAUUUUCAAAACCGAGGUCCCAAUAAUAACCAAAGAACACCACAACAACAAAACCUUCACCGAGACAACUCCUUACCCACUAACCUUGAUGACCGGAAUGUUAAUUCCGAUCGUAGAGGCAACCGAGAUCGCGGCAAUCCCGCGAAUGAAGAUCCGUUCUUUAACAUCGACGAUUUGAGAAACGCCAUUCCCGGUUAUCAAUCACCGGAGCACGUGAGUAUUCACUCGGAAUACUCGGAUGGCGGGGGUAGCUAUGAUAAACGAGUAGAUGAUGACGCUUGGGGGUAUGUGAACCGGGGAAAUGUGUACAACGCAAGAGGUUUUGAAGAUGAUGAGUUUGGCUAUCAAAAUACCAAUUAUGUGGGGAACGAUAAUUAUGGUUACGGGAAUGUGAGAAACGACGGUUAUGGAAACAACCGAAACCCACGGAACAACAAUUUAAGGAACCGGAAUGAUGGGUACUACAACAAUAAUAACAAUGCCAAUCAUAACCGGAUUCCUCGUUUCAUGGGAGGAGGUAACCAAGGUGGAAAUCAAGGUGGAUAUCGUGGAGCUAAUAGACGGGAUAAUCGAAGACCUAUUGAUCAAGAAGUUGACGUUCCACAUUGUCGUCAACAACCUCCAAGAGGCGUCAAUGACCGCUUUAGGCCGGUGAUCACUGACAAUGAUUCACCGAUUGUAUGUGAACGAAGAAUGUUCGAUUGUAAGCCUCAUUACAUCAACAUCCUCCCCCACUUCAACGAGAGGACUAAUGAUGAGCCAUAUACUCAUUUGGCGGAGUUGUCAGCCAUAUGUAGUACUAUUGGAGGGCAUGAUUUCGCCUUGGAAGAGGUCAAGCUUCGACUGUUUCAAUUUUCUUUGAAGGAUAAGGCGAAGCAGUGGUUUCUCACACUUCCGGCGGGUAGUAUUCGCACAUGGGUUGAAUUGAUAAGGCGAAGCAGUGGUUUCUCACACUUCCGGCGGGUAGUAUUCGCACAUGCCUUCACUUAA